AUGGGACAGAAGGGUUUGUGUUUCCUGAUUCUUAGUGGAGGGAUUCGUGCUCAAGGAGAAAGUAUCGAAAAAAGAAAAAUUAAAAAGAAGAGAAGCCAGAGAGGGAGCCCCAGCCCAGCAUGUGUGCCUUCCUGGACAGAUGAGCCUGCCGCAGGUACUGAUGGAAGGUCACAGGACACAGUGGUGGCAUCCCUGGAAAUGAAACGUGGCCAGAGUGAGGCUGACCUCAUACUUUACCAAGUGCUUCAGUAUCUGAAGGAAUCAACGGGAAAAAAUUUGGCUCCAGCAGCCUCCGUAAGCAAGGUUCUGUUAUCUGCUUUGGAAGAACAUCUGGCAGGGGUAUCCUGUGGCAUCAGAGAUGCUCUAGGAAGUGACUGGCCAAACAGCUGUGGACGGUACCCCAAAGGAGAGUCGUGGGUGUCAGGAUGGCCAGACCAUCCAAAACUGAGGGAAAUGGGUUUCCUGAAGGGUGAACCGUUAAGUGCUGUCCCUGAGGGGUCGGGCACCAGCUCGGAACUGUCUUACCCACAUUCUGAGCUGUGCCAGCUGCCAUAUGUUUAUGCCUAUUAUUAAGUUCUCCCAGAAGAUGAGACCAGAUGUGUAUCCCUCGAUGGUUCAAACCCCAUGUUUUCAGAGCAAACAGUAGACCACGAGGAAACUCUCUCAAGCUUAAAAAGCACUUCAGAUGGUCUGCAGGUGGUCGUGGGGUCACUGACUCUGCAGUCUUCCAGAUCAGCAAGUCUGAUGCCAUAG